CAACUAUAACAGAUUGAAUUCGUGCUUCUUCCAGUGACCGGCAGCGUGUAUCACCGGUGGAUAUUAGUUAACAUAAAAUGUCGUACACUAAAUUCAAUUUUUCAUUUUAUAUCACAUGCUGUUGCUUAUCUUUGGGUCUCGUAAAUGCAAAUGCUCAGACAUCGUCGAAGAACUUUUUCGCUGAACAACUUACCGAAGAAAAUUGGGAUCGUAUGCUCAUCGGAGAAUGGAUGGUGGAAUUCUAUGCUCCAUGGUGUCCUGCUUGUAAAACAUUGGAACCAAUUUGGGAACAUCUUGCUGCACAAAAGGAAAGUUUAAAUAUCAAUGUAGGAAAAGUUGAUGUGACUGAUUCUCCAGGACUUAGCGGAAGGUUUAUGGUUACAGCUUUGCCAACAAUAUAUCAUGUUAAAAAUGGUAUAUUUAGACAGUAUAAGAGCCCUAGAGAUAAAGAUUCAUUAAUUGAAUUUGUGUCUGAGAAAACUUGGGAAAAGAUUGAACCAAUUCCUGGCUGGAAAAGUCCAACAUCUAUUCAGAUGUCUGUUAUUGGUCAAUUCUUUCAAAUCUCACAAGUAUUGCGGGGAAUACACAAUAGGUUUAUGGAAGAUUUUGGAUUACCUACAUGGGGAAGUUACUUGAUUAUUGCCAUUGCUACCAUUGUCUCAGGUGCAAUAUUGGGAUUGUUUAUCGUUUGCUUGAUUGAUUUUAUAUAUCCACCGAAACCUGUGGUGCUUCAAAACAAAAAGAAACAAAAAGAUGGAUCGGGUGGAUUUAUGCAAGAGAAAAGUAUACGGGAUGAAGAAAUUGUUGAACAUGUUAAGGAUGAUUUAGUAGAUGAGGAAUCAGAGCAAGAGGGAUCAGAGACAGAAGAAAAAGAAAAAGAUGCAGAUAAAGAUUCCAAAACUGAACCAAGCAGUCCAAAUGUUCGUAAACGUAAGCCACGUAAAGCUGAUUUGCAGGCACGACCACGUUUUGAUAGCAAAUCAGUAUUUAUAUCGUAUAGGGCAGUAAUGGCUAAAGCAAAUAUGGUUAAAAAUAUAAAAAAACGAUCAGCGAGCGUGUCUGAGAUAACUGAAAAAAAAACAGAAACAUCAGGAUAUCUCAAUAAAGAUUUUAAGAAGAAAAAAACAGAAAACGGAACUGUGCAAAAUGGGCAACCAAAUAAGCAAAUUACUAAGAAUUCAUCUAAGAAAUUUAAAAAUGAAAAGAAAAAUAAUGAUUUAGGAAUUGUUCAAAAUCCUAAGAAAAAGGAAACAAAUGAAAUUAGUUUGCAAAAUAGUAAGAAGAAAACAUUAAGUACAGCGGAACUAUUGAAAUUGAGACAAGAAUACCGUAAGAAACGUAAAGAAAAUAGAUUGUCGCAAACACAUUUGUUACCAUCUAAUUUAUCUGUUGAAAACAUAAAAAAGAGAAUUGGAUUAAUAGAAAAACGAGAGGAACUCACAAGAAGUGCUAAGAGGAAACUAGCAGCACUUAAAAAAAGGUUACGGGUAGAGGAGGGAGUAGGCAAGGUAGAAAAGGGAAAGAAUGAAAAGCCAGAAAUUGUGAAACAAAAACAAAUGCAAAAUGCAAAGUCGAUGCAGGAGAAAGUGGAUGUGAAAUCAAAUAAAGAGGGUAAAAAGAGAAAUGCUAAACAAAGUAAAACUCUUUUAAAGCAAAAGAAUGAGGAAAAUGAUGAGGAUGAUGAAGAAGAUGAGGAAAAUAAAGAUGAUAUUGAGAUAGAUGAUGAAUUAAGUGAAGAUGAUGAUGGAACUGAUGUAGAAGAAGGUGAUGAGGAUGAUGAUGAUGACGACGACGACAACGAUGAUGAUGAUGAAGAAGAAGAAGAAGAAGAUGAUGAUGAUGACGACGACGAUGGCGAUGAGGAAGAAAAGGGUGAAAACAAGAAUAAUGAACAAGAAAAAGACAAUGAAAUUAAAAAAAGUAAUGUACAAAAAGGAAAAGGUAAAUCUGCAAAUGUAGAAGAAGAUGGCAAGAAGAAAAGAUAUGUCCUUUUUGUAGGAAAUUUGCCAUAUAAUAUUACUAACGAAGAACUUAAAAAACACUUCUUAACUAAGGUCAGUGAAGUAGUCGAUAUUAGGAUACCUAGGAAAGAUGCAAACACAGCACGUGGAUUCGCUUAUGUCGAGCUGGCCAAUAAUACAGAUUAUGAGAAAGCACUUUCAUUAAAUCAUUCGUUUGUUAAUGGAAGAAGGAUAAAUGUGCAAUAUUCUGGACCUGACAGGAAAACAGCUGUUGCAAAGAACUUUAAAUUACAUGCUCUGCAAAAGGCAGGAAAAUUUGCAGGUGGAAGGAACAGAUAUAAUCAGAAAUAUGCAAAUAACAAGGGAAAGCAAAAUAUGCGAACGGUGAAAACAUAAUUGUUAAAUCAAUAGAAGUAAUUUGAAAUAAAUGUUUAAAUCUAUCUUCGCUAUUUCCCUAUUUGGACAUUUAGAAUUAAGUUUUUUUUAUGUAAUCAAUAUCACUGAUUGUAAAGACUUACAUGUUGGAUAAUACAGAUAAAAGUUUUAUCUACUAGAA